UUCAUUUUAUUUGCCCCUCCUCUACCCUCCGCCAGCUCACAAGCCCAACUAUAGUCUACAGAGAAAGAAACAGAGCUUGAAGAAAAGAAAAGAAAAAAAAAAGUCUUUUUUUUUUUACUCUUUAGCUCGCUUCUUAUCCAAGGAAACCAACUCAAUUCAUAGCAAAAUUGGAACCAAAUUCAUCAAUCGAGCUUUUGUAGAUCUGCAUUCCUUCAGGGGAUACGCCACUUAUUUUUAUAAGGGAAAUAGCAAACUGUUCAUCUGCUAGGCAUCGCUCUGUCUGUUGCUCUUCAAUUCUUGAAAUUUUGCGAGGUCACAUAGUUGAGAAAUGGACCGAAGAAGUUGGCCUUGGAAGAAGAAAAGUUCUGACAAAACAGUAACUUCAACAGAUAACAAUAGUUCUUCCUUGGCAAGUUCAGGCAAUGCUAAAACAGAUCAGGAUGAUACAAAGACUAUAAAAUAUGUACAAAUUUCUGUGGAGUCAUAUGCACAUCUAACUAAUUUGGAGGAUCAAGUGAAGAUGCUUAAUGAAAAAGUAUCCGAUUUAAAUGGAAAGUUAUCCUCAGCCCAAUCUGAAAUGAUCACUAAAGAUAGCCUAGUGAAACAACAUGCGAAAGUUGCUGAGGAAGCAGUCUCAGGUUGGGAGAAGGCUGAAGCAGAAGCCCUAACAUUGAAGCAACAACUAGAAUCUGUUACAUUGCUGAAACUUACUGUUGAAGAUCGAGCAUCUCACUUAGAUGGUGCCCUGAAGGAGUGCAUGAAGCAGGUACGGAGUGUGAAGGAAGAGGGUGAGCAAAAGUUGCACGAUGUAGUCUUUGCAAAAACCAAGCAGUGGGAAAAGGCCAAGGCUGAGCUGGAAGCAAAAAUUAUUGGUUCUGAACAAGAGCUUUUAAAAUCUUCUGCUGAAAUUGCUGCGCUCUCAAGAACUCUCCAAGAACGUUCCAACAUGUUGAUGAAGAUCAGUGAUGAAAAGUCCCAGGCUGAUGCUGAGAUUGAGGUAAUGAAGAAUGACAUACAGUCCUGUGAGAGGGAAAUAAAUUCACUGAAAUAUGAACUCCAUGUUGUUGCAAAGGAGCUUGAGAUUCGUAAUGAAGAAAAGAACAUGAGUAUGCGGUCUGCAGAAGUUGCGAACAAACAACACUUGGAAGAUGUCAAAAAAAUUACAAAACUGGAAGCUGAAUGCCAGAGAUUGCGUGGUCUUGUUCGAAAGAAGUUGCCUGGCCCUGCUGCACUAGCUCAAAUGAAGUUAGAAGUCGAAAGUUUAGGUCGAGACUACGGGGAAACUAGAUUACGACGAUCUCCUGCUAGAAGUUCAAGCCCACAUCACGUAUCUCCUUCUGACUUUGCACUUGAAAACAUGCAUCAAUGCCGCAAAGAAAAUGAAUUUCUCACAGCACGCUUAUUAACGAUGGAGGAAGAAAUGAAGAUGCUAAAGGAGGCCUUGUCAAAGCGCAACAGUGAACUGCAGGCCUCCCGUAAUAUGUGUGCUAAGACUUCAAACAAGCUUCGCAGCAUUGAAUCACAUUUGCUUGUAAUGAACCAACAAAAAAGUCCGACAAAAUCAAUAACUGAAAUCCCAGUAGAAAUUGAAAGCAAGCCACCAAGUUUAACCUCCAUGUCUGAAGAUGGUAUUGAUGAUGAAGGAAGCUGUUCUGAGUCCUGGGCUACUGCAUUAAUGUCUGAACUCUCACAGUUCAAGAAAGAGAAAAAUGUGGACAGCAGUAAGAAGUCGGAGAAUUCAAACCAAUUGGAACUUAUGGAUGACUUUCUGGAGAUGGAGAGGUUAGCAUGUCAGUCUACUGAAGCCAAUGGGAGCAUCACUGUUUCAGAUGGCGCAACUGAUAAUCUGAAGACUGAACCUGUUGAUGUUUCAAAGCAUGAGGAUGGUAGCGAACAAAUAACUGUGGAGCUCCCGAAAACUUUGGUCUCUUCUAAUACAGAUCAACCAGCUCAUGAGUCGUCAUCACAUAAAUAUGGUUCGACCCUCUCAAAACUUCAAUCAAGGAUGGCCACUUUAUUUGAAUCUCAAUCACAGAGUGCUGAUAUGGAAAAACUGUUAGAGGAUAUCAAACGUAUUGUGCAGAAUACACAUGAAGAGUUACCUCAGAAUUUGGUAGAUUGUGUUGCCAGUGAAACUCAUUCUACUAAUUCUUGUAUACAGAAAGAACAUGAUGAACGCACAGAAGAAGUUAAAGACAGUGGGGCAAUGACGAAGCAAGAAGCUAAGCAUGUGAUGGUUCAAGAAUUGAAGGAUGCCAUCUUGCAAAUCCAUGAUUUUGUUCUAUCAAUUGGUAAAGAAGCUAAAACAAGCAGACCUUCUGAUGAUAGAGAACUAACUGAGAGAAUUGAGAAGUUCUCUGCUUCUGUUGACAAAGUUCUCUGUGACAAAGAAAGUGUGACCGAUUUUCUUCUGGCCCUGUCAAAUAUUUUCUCCAAAAAAGAUUUAUUGAAUUAUGUUAUGCCAAGUUAUAAGUGCAAUGAAGGGGAAAGCUAUAAUUCUGACUGCAUAGACAAAGUGACAUUGCUAGAGAAUAAAGUGGCUCUGCAUGAACAUGAAAAGGAGAAAUUCUCAGGAGGCUGCAUGCUUGAUACUCAUUCUUCCUCUGAUCCUGACAUUGAAGGACACAACUUAAGUUGUGAACUAAAGAUUACACCGCAGGCAUGCUCCUUGGAGGAGUUUGAACAGCUUAAACUACAAAAAGAGAGUGUCGAGACCGAUUUUGCUAAAUGCAAAGAAACGUUGGAACUUACAAAUCAUCAAUUGGUUGGAAUGAAACAACUCCUGUCAGAAAUCAAGUUACAACUGGCUGCUAGUGAGAAAUCAAACAGCUUGGCUGAGACACAGUUGAAAUGCAUGGCUGAGUCCUACAAGACACUUGAAUCACAGAAGCAGGAAUUGGAAACUGAAUUAAACCUGGUGCGCACGAAGUUAGAAGUGCUGGAAGCAGAGCUUCAAGAAGAAAAGAACAGUCAUCAGGAUGACCUUGCCAAAUACAAAGAACUCCAGGACCAGAUGGAAAGGAAUAGCAAGAGCACAGUGGAUACAGAUGCUGACGUUGAUACCCAGACACAACAGGAAAGGGAGAUUGCAGCCGCAGCAGAGAAGCUAGCAGAAUGCCAGGAGACCAUAUUUCUUCUUGGCAAGCAACUAAAUUCUCUGCGCCCUCCAUCAGAAUCUCUUGGCUCCUCUUCGAACAGUAGACAACUAAUGAGUGAUGGAGUUCUUGAAGAUGAACCAAGCGCCGGUGGCUUUACCAUUAGACAAAUGACGCUCAGUCCACAACACUUUGAUCAGGUUGAAAUAGAAAACAUAACUACAUCAGUGGCACUGAGCACAGGAGGGGAAUCCCCCUUAAAUGGAUACAACUCCUACAUGAGUCCACCCGACACUGAAUCAGGUCCAUUUCCAAAAUCACCUCUCGAGUCCAGGCACCAAAAGCACAGGGCGACAAGAUCAUCAUCGUCUUCUUCCUCAGCAGAGAAACAUGGGAGGGGAUUUAGCAGAUUUUUCUCAAAGGGUAGGAGUGAACACUGAGAAUCAUCAUGGUAUUGGCUCAUCUGUUUCAGUAUUGGGGAAUGUCUUGUUCCUAAUUUGUUGAGCUGCAAAACUUUGGAAGUUCUAUGAUUUUUGUUCAUAUGUGAUCUAUACAAGUAAGACGCAUUGUGGUUCUUUCACGGUGAAGCUCAUUGUAUAUUUGUGUGGAAGCCCGUAUUAUUCUUUUCUUCGUUUUGCUUUAUUGAAGCAGGGGGUUUGUAUCAAGGCAGGUUUGUGGGGUUUUUCGCUCAAUAAUUUGUUGCUGUACAGUUUAUAUGCAAGGAUACCUCACUUGUUCUAAAUAUUAUUUACUGAUUGUUUUUGUUUUUAAGAUCAGAGUGUAAAUUUGAUCUAGAGUGAUGUAAUAUUGCUAAAUUAUGUUUUAUGUAGUCCUGUUAGCUUCA